CCCUGUGGAGGAGGACAGAGAUCCAAAGAUAAUCCCAAAGGAUGAGAAAGGUCGCACUGCGAGCGGUUCUGGUAGAAACUUUUGGGUGAGUGGAUUGGCUUCCACUACCAGAGCUACGGAUUUGAAGAAUCUGUUUAGCAAAUAUGGGAAGGUGGUGGGUGCAAAAGUGGUCACCAAUGCUCGCAGCCCUGGUGCACGCUGUUACGGCUUUGUUACGAUGUCUACAGCCGAGGAAGCAACAAAGUGCAUAACUCACCUCCACAAAACAGAGUUACAUGGGAAGAUAAUUUCUGUCGAAAAAGCAAAAAACGAACCUGCUGGGAAGAAGCCAAGUGAAAAAAAAGAGAAUGAAGCCAAGAAAGAAGCAGUCGGCGAGAGACAUGGCAGUGUUAAAAGGGAUGAGAAAUCUGACCAAAAGGAUGAUCCUAAAAAGACAGAAGACAAAGAUGAGAAGGAAAAGAAAGAUAAAGAUGAACUGAAGUCUGGUUCAUUGGAUCAACCUAAAACUAUUAAGUCAGGAAGUAAAGGAACAGAGAGAACAGUAGUAAUGGAUAAAUCCAAAGGAGAACCUGUUAUUAGUGUGAAAACAUCAACUACAUCAAAAGACAGAAGCGUUAAGAGCCAGGAUCGCAAAUCGGAGAGCAGAGAGAGACAAGGCAUCGUGCCGUUUGACAGGAUUAAAGCACAGCGACGAAUGAGGGAGGCAGAGCAGCGCCGCACACGUGAGCGUCGGGAGAGACAGCAGCACCUGCAGACCAUCCGGGAACGAGAGGAAAGGGAGAGGCUUGAGAUCGCUCGCGAGAGACUGGAAAUUGAAAGGCAGCGCCUCGAACGAGAACGGAUGGAAAGGGAAAGACUGGAAAGAGAACGGAUGCACAUAGAGCACGAAAGGAGACGAGAACAAGAUCGCAUUCAGCGAGAAAGGGAAGAGCUGCGACGCCAACACGAGCAGCUGCGCUACGAACAAGAACGUCGGUCUGCCAUGAGAAGACCGUAUGAUAUAGAUGGCAGGAGAGAUGAUACGUACUGGCCAGAGGCAAAACGGAUGGUGAUGAACGACAGAUACCAUUCAGAUUUCAGUCGCCAGGAUCGCUUCCAUGACUUUGACCACAGGGAUCGUGGUCGCUAUCAAGACCAUUCAAUAGACAGGAGAGAUGGAUCGAGGACGAUGAUGGGAGAUCGGGAUGGACAACAUUAUCCAGAUGAGCGCCACGGAGGUCCAGACCGUCAUUCACGAGACUCUCGGGAAAGCUGGGGUAGCUAUGGAUCUGACAGAAGAAUGAGUGAAAGCAGAGGGAUGCCGCCACAGUCACGGGAUGGACGUGACUGGGGAGAUCACGGCCGAAAGUUUGAAGGACACCAAGAUCGUUCGUGGCAGAGCAGUGUGGAUGGAGGAAUGAUGGGACGGGAUCAUGAGAGAUGGCAAGGUGGAGGCAGAGGCAGACCUGGCCAUGUGAUGCAUCGUGGAGGCAUGUCAGGGCGUGGAGGUUUCAUGCAAGGCGGCAACCAAAGUCAGAUGAUGCACGGAGGAGGAAUGCAAGGAGAAGGAUUUGCUGGCCAGGAGAGAGCAAACAGACCUAAUGAUCCUCGUUUCAACCGUCGCUACUGAAUGUGCGUUAAUUUUUAAUGCAAGGUGGCAGCUGAAAUGAAUCUGUUACCCAGGGUUACCAUUCAUUGUAACUGACGGGCUACUGUAAGUGUAAUUUCUUUUUUUUUUUUUUAAGCUGCUGCCAUAUUAUGUCACCCAAUCCUGUGUGAACUCAUCUGUUUUGUAAUGUGUUGUUCAUAUCCCAUUUAAAAUGUUUGUUAAUGAAGCAUUCCAUUUUCCAUAAAUAAAAGCCAGUUUAUGGUUAA